AUGCGGGGCUUCGCCUGCCCCCCAGGAGCACCUCGCAAACGCCAACCUGUUCCCCUCGUCAUCCUCAUUGCCUUGUGCCUGCUGGUUGGCGUCGCCAUUGCCUUCAGUGCCGUAUUCGACGUCGUCAUGAGGUUGCGGCGGGGCGGUCGCGCACUUUCGACGCCGCAGCCCCCAGCGGCGUGCCGAGCCGCGAACCGCAGCGUCUGCUUCCUGAAGAUGCACAAGUGCGCCAGCUCCUCGGUGCAGAACGUGCUGAUGCGAUACGGCGAGGUGCGCAACAUGACGUUCGCGCUGCCCUCGCGCGGCAACCUGCUGGGCUACCUGCGCGCCUUCCAGCGGACGAUGGCGGCGGUGGGGAAGCCUCCGUUCGACUUCCUGGCGCACCACACGCGGUUCAACGAGUCCGAGAUGCGGGCCGUGCUCAAACCGGACGUCGUCUUCGUCACCAUCGUUCGCGAACCGGCCGCGCUGUUCGAGUCGCUCUACUCGUACUUCGGUUACGAGGAGAGGUUCCACUUCAAGUUGGAGCGCCUUCCGAACAACGUCGUGCGAAACGCCUCGCAAAGACACAUCGUGCACGGCUUCUUCCCGGGUCCCCAUCGAGACUGGCUGGGCUUCGACCAGAUGAGCUUCGACCUCGGCUUCGAUUUCACGCAAGCCGACAAUGCUUCCGCAGUGGACGCCUUCCUUGAACACGUGGACGCGGUUUUUGACCUCGUCAUGGUUGUCGAGCGCAUGAACGAGUCGCUCGUUCUGCUUCGAGACCUGCUCUGCUGGGAGAUGGACGACGUCGUCAUGUUCAAGAUCAAUGCACGGCGCACAGUGUACCAACGUCCACCGAACGGGACGCUGGCGGCCGAUCUCCGGUCGCUGAACGCUUUGGACGUGAAGCUGUACGAGUACUUCACGAGGCGCUUCGACGAACGCGUGCAAUCGUUCGGGCGGGAACGGAUGCGGAGAGAACUGCGCCUGCUGAAGCAGAGGACGGAGUACUGGUACCAGCAGUGCGUCGCUCAGGAGAACGAGAGAGGCAAGAAAGCUCACCAAUCUCUAGUAAGCAUAGGAAAAAAAACACGUGGCCAGUUAAAGUCAACACAGUGUGCUAAUGAAGCCACGACCCAGAGCGCCACGACCGGUCUGGAGCCAGCGUCAUGCGUGGUAAAGACCAGUCGUGGCUGA